AUGCAAGCACUGAAAUCACCUCCGUUCAUUGCCUGCAGUGCACAACCAUCAAAAAUUAACAAUUUUCUCACUCACAUACAACAAUAUUGCAAUCAAAGAGGGUACAAUUCACUUGUACAGUGCCUAUUGCGAAGGGAUUGUAUAUUUGCCAUCACCAAUGAUUAUCGUUUGCAUAUUAGCAAGUUGUCGAGUGAUCAGAAUGAAGGAUUUGAUUUAUUAACAAGUUCUGGAUUGGAUCAGAGUAUUGGAGUGAAGAGGGUUUAUUAUGUGGCUGCGUCGUAUACUCAUUGUAUGAUAUUGGUGGAUGAAAUUAUUGAUCGUAAUGAUGAUGAUCAAGAUAUUUCGGAAUUAAAAUACCAAGUCAAGGAAUGCGUGCUACAUGCGUAUCUGUUGCCAUUUAAUAGUUCAUUUAAAGAAAAUGAGUUUAUAACAUACAUGACAUGUGCUUCUUCUUCAUCUGUUUUUCUAACCAAUUAUGGAAGAAUAUUUGUACUAGGUUCGAAUGGUUUUGGUGAAUGUGGAUUUCCACGAUAUCAAGAUGUUUCAAGCAUUUCAUUAUGUCCAUAUUUUGAAAGUAAUCCUGAUUUGUUUAUUUGUAAGGUUGCUUGUGGAGACCACACUAUUGUUGCACUCGAUAGGAGUGGUCUAAUUCAUUGUACUGGUUAUAAUUACUAUGGAGAGUUGGCUAUUGGAAAGAUUUGUGAUUCUAUAGAUGCUUUCCAACCAUCUACAGAGCUUAACAAGUACUUGGUGUCAGAUCCUGCCAUUGAUAUUUCAUGUCGUUACUACGGUGUAAUUGUACUUACAAAGAGUGGUAAGGUUUACACAACUGGUAAUGGACCUCUCAAAAUAGACACUCUUGAUUUACAAGAACGAACAUUUGGUAGGGUGUUGAAUAUUGGAGCAAAUAAUUCAUCCUUCUUAUGUUGUGUUGGACAGGGGAAUGAUUUAUUAAUUCAAAUAUUUGAAUCUCAAUACGAUUACGCUUUUAGUGAUGAAGAAGUUGCUGAAUCCAAAACAGCACAAUCCCUUCUAAUCGAGAAUGGUGGAAGUCUCUUGAAUUCAAGUGAGAGAGUAGUAUUGGUUGGUUCAGAAGUUAGUGUCAAAGGUGCAGCUCUUUUGUGCUAUAUUCAGUCUUGCCAUACUGAAUCUGUUUUACAGAAUAACUUGAGGAAACAUUUAUAUGAAUAUAUUACUAAUAACAAUACUAAGGUUAAGGUGAAUUAUAAGGCUACUGUUUUGGAAGAAAAGUUACAACCAUCAAGGAAACACUACAAUAUUGGAAACUUUUUUCUUUAUGGUCAAUCCAAACCUUGA